AUAUAAGGAGAAAUCAUAAGCUCGGAAGCCCCAUUUCAAGAUGACUGAAGAGAAACAGUUACGAAUUUGCCUCUCAAGCUGUUUUUUCCUGAAAUGGUCUUUCAUGUGGCCGACGAAAAGCGAAGAGUUUCGAACAUCCAAAGGGCUCUACUUUAGAUUACUCGCAUUUGUGAUAAUCUCAGGUUUGACUUUCACUGCGAUGAUUGUGAUGCAUCUUUUGAAAUCUGUGGAAGCUGGUGAUUACGACAUAAGCGAAGACAUAGCAAUUUUGGCCACCAAUACUGGAUACAUCCUUAUGAUGUUGCUGUACAUCAUCCGCCAGAAGGAUCUGGAGUCUCUGCUUGUUGACCUGAGCAGUUUUAAAAAAUACCAAAAGCCGCCGAAAUUUGACGAAGUCAAUAGAAAACUAGAGUGGUGUACCAGGAUGGUCUUCGGGUAUUGUGUUUUCGGUUCAGUGUUUUACAACUUGGUUAAAAUCCUAGCAAUACCCUCGUGCAAAAAAUCGAGGAGAAUCAACGAAGUCUGCGGAGUCGCGAUACCUUACUGGGUUUGGUUCGAUACUGAAAAUUGGUCAAUUAAAUUACCCCUCAUCUUGCACACAUUCCUUGUUAUUAUUAUCGUCGAUAAAGUCACUCUGUUGGUGUCUCUGCAAGUUCUUGAAAUCGCCUGCAACAUCAAGUUGCGUUUAGAUCAGUUAAACUGCAUGCUUGUGAGUUGUUUUGACGGUGAUGUUGAGGCAAGUCGGCGGAGACUGAACGAAUGCAUUAAAUAUCACAAGGAGAUCAUUAGUUACAGUGAGAUAUUUAGCAAAUGUUUCUCUAUUGAGAUGUUCACUCAUCUCACAACCACUGGAAUUAUUUGUGGAUGUUUGGAAAAUCAAGUCGUUCAAGAGCACCGCCCUGAAGCCAUUCUACACAUUGGUGGAUGGAUUACUGCAAUUUUUGUUUCGUCUUUCGGAGGACAGAUUCUGAUCGAUUCGAGUUUGUCUGUUGCGGAAGCAGCCUACAGUUCCGCUUGGUACGAGGCAGAUGUGAGCUUGAGGAAAGAUUUGAUUCUUGUUAUAUUACGGGCACAGAAAGCUCUGUUUGUGUCUACAGGGCCUUUCAACGUUCUAUCGUUCGCAUUGUUUGUUUCUAUCAUGAAAAUGUCGUAUUCCAUUCUCACAAUCCUGCAAUAAAUACGUCUCUGGAAAAACAGUCAAGGAUACAAGCCACACAUUUAUGUAGAUGUUUUAUUUGAUUUAAAUAAACACUCGCACUGC